GCGCUCUGACAACAUGCAGAGAGCUUCUUCCCUGAGAUUUUUUUUGGAAGCCGUACAUUGACUCGGGCCUAACGAUUCUCAGAUCGUCAUUAUUUGUAACCAUAGAGCAUGAAUUACCUCUUGAGGUCAUCAGUGAGAAUUUACGACUGGUCAACAAAAGCACGUGAUUUCCAAACGCACCCACACCCCCAUAUUUGGCCGCAUACAUAGCAAAAACGAAGUACAGUGCAUUGCUAUAAUUCAUUAAUACAUCAUAAAUCGUGAGGCACGGGGUGAUCCACAAAUCAAGCCUCCAAAAUCACCCAAAUGAGUUCCUACUUUGUGAACUCGUUCUCAGGGCGCUAUUCUAAUGGCCCCGACUACCAUGUGUUAAAUUAUGGGACUGGCAACAGCAAUGUGAACGGCUCUUACAGGGAGACAGGCAGCAUGCAUUCCACCUCUUAUGGUUACAACUACAAUGGAAUGGACCUCAGCGUCAGCCGGGGAGCAGCUUCCAGCAGCCACUAUGGGGAUAGCUCGGGAGGGUUCCCAGCCCAGGAGAACAGAUUCAGAGCAGCUUCCAGCUGCCCCCUCUCCUCCCCAGAGUCCCAGAGCCAUGGGGGGAAGAGUGAGCCUACCCCCUCAGACCCUGCCAGCUCUAGUACCCACUUCACAGAGGUUGAGGAGACCAGUGCUUCUUCAGAAACCGAGGAAGCCACCCCAAGAACCAGCAGCAGCACCAGCAGCACAUCAAGGGCACAGCCAGAGAGUAGUCCAUCAGGAGGAGCCAGUGCAGACGGACAAACUCCACAGAUAUUUCCUUGGAUGAGGAAACUGCACAUCAGUCACGAUAUGACAGGUCCUGAUGGGAAACGGGCGAGAACAGCCUACACCCGUUACCAGACCCUGGAGCUGGAGAAAGAGUUCCACUUUAAUAGGUACCUGACCAGAAGAAGGAGAAUCGAGAUAGCCCAUGCCCUGUGCCUGUCUGAGCGUCAGAUCAAAAUCUGGUUCCAGAACAGGAGGAUGAAAUGGAAAAAAGAUAACAAAUUAAAAAGCAUGAGUUUGGCUACCACAGCCAGUGCCUUCCAGCCCUGAAGGGCCAGUAGUUCCCUCACUGGACUAUACCCAGGGCUCCUACAUAGGGCACUUGUUUGGUCACCUCUUGGCAUGUCGGUAUUAUGGACACAAUGAGGUGGGGUAUUAUUUUUUUCCAAGUGGAUUGUUCCCCAUUUUUUUUUCUCAUAUCUUGUUGCAUCCAAUGCUCUCAAUUCCGGUGUUGUCCUAAAUGUUUGUGACCGUGACAUAAUGCUGCUUUGGAGAACAUCGCAUGUUUAUAAAAGCUCUUAUAUGGUAUAACUUAAUUUAUAAUUGCUAAUAAUAAAAAAAAAAGUGAUGUUUUACAUUUACAGGUCUGGGUAAUUUCUGUGUCAGGCCAGGUAGGCUAUCAAUGCACUAAAACAAGGCUCCUGAGUUGUGUUAUAUCAAUGUGAAGUCUGUG